UUGACGCUGCCAUAAAACUACAAGUAGAAGAAGAAGUAGGAGGAGGAGCUGGAUGUUUGAAAGUGGCGGGCAGUAACAACAUUCACCUCAAAGAUAUUGGUUUAAGUCCACGGGCUAAGGACAAAGCUUAAUCAAGUUCUCCGCAACAAAUAACAUUCAAAAGUUUUAUUACGAGUGUUUUAUAUUAGUGCUGACCAUUAUCAACCAGAACCGCUGAAUGCCGUUGUGUGAUAUGUAAACGUUGGCAUUGGAGGAAACGUACUAGGUAUAAAGUCUCGCACCAUGACAAAUGACGAUGAUAAGGUGAUCCCAGUGCGGGUUGCCUUGCGAUGCCGCCCGUUGGUACCUAAAGAAAUCAACGAAGGAUGCCAGUGCUGUCUCACUUUUGUGCCAGGAGAGCAACAGGUGAUAGUUGGCACAGAGAAGGCGUUCACCUAUGAUUAUGUAUUCGAUCCCACUGCUGAACAAGAAGAGGUCUUCAAUACGACUGUGUCCCCCUUAUUGUGUGGGCUUUUCAAAGGCUACCAUGCCACAGUUCUUGCAUACGGACAGACGGGAUCAGGGAAGACCUUCUCCAUGGGAGGAACAUACACAUCAGCUCAAGAAAAUGAUCCUUCAGUUGGAGUUAUUCCACGAGUUAUCAGAAUGAUCUUUGAGGAAAGGGAGCGGAGGACGGACUGUGACUUCUGUCUGGCAGUAUCUUACCUGGAGAUCUAUAAUGAGGACAUAUUGGAUUUGCUGUGUCCAUCUAAAGAUAAACCUGGCCUCAGCAUUAGGGAGGACCCUAAAGAGGGCAUUAAGAUUGUGGGUUUAACUGAGAGGCAGGUGUUCUCUGCCCAUGAGAUGGUGGGUUGUCUGGAGAUUGGGAAUUCUGCUCGCACCGUGGGUUCCACAGCGAUGAAUGCCGCUUCCUCACGCUCACAUGCUAUCUUCACCAUCACACUGGAGCAACGCAGAGGGACAGACAAAGUUGAUUCAGUUGUUUCAAAAUUGCACCUUGUGGAUCUGGCUGGUUCAGAAAGGCAAAAGAAAACCAAAGCCGAGGGAGAGCGUUUAAAGGAAGGCAUCAGCAUCAAUCGUGGCCUUUUGUCUUUGGGUAAUGUUAUCAGUGCCUUGGGGGAUGAAAGCAAAAAAAAUAGCUUUGUUCCUUACAGAGACUCCAAGCUCACUCGCCUGCUACAAGAUUCUUUGGGAGGCAAUAGCCACACUUUGAUGAUUGCGUGCAUCAGUCCUGCAGACUCCAACAUGGAGGAGACCAUCAACACGCUGCGAUAUGCCGACAGAGCUCGCAAGAUCAAAAACAAACCUAUAGUCAAUGUUGACCCCAGAGCUGCCGAAAUGAACCAUUUGAAACAACAGGUUCAGGAGCUGCAGGUGAUGCUACUUCAUGCCCGUGGAGGAGUAGCUCCGAUGCUCUCUGGGCCAGAGUCAGCGGAGAAGGUGACUAAGCUGUUGGAAAGGAAUCGCUCCCUGCAGGACGAGAACAAUAAGCUAAGCAGGGAGCUGAGCCAGGCAGCUGGACAGACUGCCCUCAUGUUUGAAAAGAUCAUUAUGACGGAACAAGCAAAUGAGAAACUACAAAGCAGACUGGAACAACUGCGGGACCACGCAGCAUGUACAGUGAAUCUUGAAAAGUUGUUGGAAAAACUGGAGGACCAAGAGUUGAAGGAGAAUGUUGAGGUGAUGAAGAACUUGCAAGACAUCAUCUUGGAGCUCAAGAAUGAGAGUGCAGGCAUCGCCGCCUCCAUCGAUGCUAUGGCUGCAGGAGAAGAUGGAUCCGAUUUGUCCGGGAACGGCAGUAACAAUGAUGAAUCCCCACCAGAUUCCACUAUCAUUGUUGGUAAGGACUCCCCGGAGGCUUUUACAACCCAUCAUGCACUGCGGCAGGCCCAGCUCUCCAAGGAACUGAUUGAGCUGAACAAAGUGUUAUGCUUGAAGGAAGCUUUUGUGAAGAAAAUGUGCCAGAAUGACACCCAGUUGGAGCCGAUGCAAUCGGAGCACCAGAAAAAUGUACAAACUCUACAGACUGCAGUGGAUUCUCUGCAGAAGGAGAAAGAGGAACUUAUUUUUGCACUUCAGUCUGCAAAGAAAGACUCUAACCAGGCCAAGCUCAGUGAGCAGCGGAGAAAGAGACUGCAGGAGCUGGAGGGCAACCUCGGAGACAUGAAGAAGAAGCUUCUGGAGCAGUCCAAACUGCUGAAACUCAAGGAGUCCUCUGUUCAGAAAGUUGGCAAGCUCAUGCAGGAGAUACAUGCUAUGAAGACCCAGCGUACACAGCUGAUGAGGCAGAUGAGGGACGACUCUGAGAAAUUCAGACAGUGGAAGAGCAAGAAGGACAGGGAGGUGCUGCAGCUAAAGGAGAAGGAUCGUAAACGCCAGUAUGAGUUGCUUAAACUUGAGAGGGAUUUCCAGAAACAAGCCAAUGUUUUGCGUCGUAAAACUGAGGAGGCUGCAGCUGCAAACAAGCGGUUGAAAGAUGCCCUACAGAAGAGAAGUGAGGUAGCCGAGAAACGCAAAGAUGGUCUUCACAGAGGAAUGGAGGGAGCUGCUGCAAGAGUUAAGACAUGGCUUCUAAAUGAAGUGGAGGUGCUGGUUAGCACCGAGGAGGCCCGGCGCCACCUCAACGAUCUGCUGGAGGACAGGAAGGCCUUGGCUCAGGAGAUUAACCACCUCAAACAGCAGAUAGAGGCAGGGGACCGACCCGCUGCCAAAAUCAGGCGUCGGACACUGAUCAUCUCUGAGCUGGAGACCCAGGGAGCGCUGGAAACGCCUCUGUCCAAACAGGUGGAGAGCCUGCAAACAGAGAUGGACCUCAGGAACGCCCAGAUAGCUGACCUUCAGCAGAAAGUUCUUGUGGCAGACAGCGAGGGGCGUUUGAAACAGCGCCUCGAUAGCAUCACAACCAUAGUCGAUGCCAAGUGUGCCCUUAAGGUCCUCGUGUCUGAGCUGCUCUCUGCUAAAACAACCAGUGCCAAGCUGGAGAGUGAACUCAAACAGGAGAUGGGGAAUGCGCAAGAUUUAAGGAAGAUGCUGGCUGAUGAGAGAAAUGUGAUGUCAACCAUGGACAUGGAGCACCAGCAGCAGUUGCUGGACCUAGAGCAGAGGCAUCAAGAGAAGGUCCUUUACCUCCUUAACCAGCUACAGAACAAACCCAUAUGUGAAGAGUCAGACGAAACAAAGCAGAAAGAUAGGGAGAGUGCAAAGGAGAAGGAGCUUCUCCAACGCCUCAAAGUUCAGGAAGAAGAGCUUGAAAAGCUACGAGCAUUAAGUGAGCAGAACCAAUCCAUGGUGGAGCAGAAUGAGCAAUACAGACAGAAACUCUCAUUGCUCCACCUGGCAAGUGAAAAGAAAAUCCUUGUGCCUACAACCAACAAUGAAAAGAACCUAGAUGACUCGUUUGAGUAUGUUCCUCCGAAGCCUAAAGGGAGGCGCUUCACCACAGCUAAAGCACCGCAGAAUAUGGCCAUCAACGUUGAAGAGCUGUUGUCUCCCAGUGAGGAUGAGAAUGAGGGGGAAGAGGAUGAGUGGCGUCCUGAGAAAACUGAGAAGGGACGCAGAACCUCAAAGAAACCCAAAGCAAACGGGUGUGCGUGUAAAGGCCGCUGCAGCAACAAGCAGUGCAGGUGUCGCAAAGGAAAGAUGACAUGCGGGGAGAACUGCCAAUGUGAUCAUGAGAAAUGUCGUAAUAUGGAUAACCAGGUGCUUGCUGACGAUGGAAGUCAGACAGGAAAUGUUUCCAGAGACUCUGUGUCUCUUCAAGAUCCCCCAUCCGUCAGCCCUGAGAACACCACAUUCUUCAAGCCGCCAUCUUGUACACCCACUAAGAAGGUGCUAAAAGAAAUCGGAGACAUGGGACAUCCCACUGCAGACCUGAAGUUGGAUAGAAAGCCUAUCUUUCCGGAGGAAGAGGAGGAGGAGGAGGAUUACAGUGAGGACAGAACAACCGUCAGCUUCCUCAAGAAGAAGAAAAGACUCCUGACAAGUUUUCAGAACAGUUUUUUCUCUGGAUGCACUCCAAUCAGAGAGGAAUCUUAAUCGGGGCAGAGCAGGGUAGGGCUUUUUACCUGAGGUGUCCAUAUGUGUUUGGUUAAAUGUUUUGUCGGCGUCUUUUUUUAUUUUUUAUAUAUAUGUGACUCAACUGUUGUGUACUGUAACGUUAAAGUAGCUGUUGAUUCUAAGGCACUGUUUUCUGUAGAGGGUAACAAAAGGACUGUGAAUAGCAUUGAAUCUUUUACUGGAAUUCACAAUGAUGAUGAUCAAGAAGCCUGUACAUAUUUUAGUUUAAUGUGUUAGGUGAUAUUUCCUAUAAAGUAAGACUAAAUUUACUUCCCUAAUUUGUAAAAUCAGUAGUGCACCAAUUUACAGCCAAGCAGUUUUACAUUAGUACUAUUCAACACAUUACAACACAACGUCUUGGUGAGCAACCUUUAGGUUUUUCACUGUGCUUUUACUAUCUGAGCUGAAUAAAGUCUUACAGUCAAAUCUUGUUUUUAAAGAACAAACGUUUUCUUUUGUCUGAAUGUGUCUGUCAAUGUUUAAUAUCUCAGUGUCAUAAGUUGAUGAAAAUAAUUUAUUUCAUUUUUAUUUCAGUAGUCUGUUACGGCAGUUACUUUUUAGUGGAAAGAAGUUUUGACAUUGAAUUAAAAGAAAAAAAUCCUAAAAUGGAACACUGCAUUAAUAUGAAUUAAACAACAAAAGCAAUUGAUCAAAGUAGCUCAAU